AUGGCGGGCCACGGCGGCGGCAGCGAGGCGACCUGGGACUGCUCCUGCGGGGCCAAGGGCCACUGGGCCUCGCGGGCCGCCUGCCGCGCGUGCGGCGCCGAGCGACCGCCUUGGGCACGGCCGCGCUCCGCCUCGGCGUCGGCGCGGGGCCGCAGUGGCGCGACGGCUGGCGCCAGCAAGGUCGAGGCCCUGCGACGCGAGCUCGACGGCCCGAAGGAGAACCAGGCGGUGGCCGAGCUGCGGGGCCUCAUCACGAAGCUGGAGGCCCUGGGCAGCGAGGACGAGGCCCUGGUGUCGCUCCUGGCGUCCUGCCGCAGCGAGAUGGCCCGCAUCCAGGAGGAGCAGCGCCUGGCCAAGCCACCGCACGAACAGCUGCGGGCCAUCGACAGCAAGAUCGGCGAGCUGGACAAGCGGUGCGUGGCGAAGCAGGAGCAGGUGGCCAAGCGGAAGGAGGCCCUCGCCAACGCCGAGAAGGAGCUCGAGGCCGUGCUCGCCGAGCGCGCCGCCCUCAGCGCGGAGCGGGCCAAGGUCGCGACGUCCCACCUGGCGGAGCUUGCGGCCAAGGUCCCCUCCGAGGUCGCGGCCGCGGUACAGCUCGUCGAGGAGUGGGGCAAGCAGGAAGCCGCCAGCGUCGCCGCGCAGCCCAGGUCGAGCGAUGCAGGAGGCGGCGCCAGCGCAGAGCCCUUCGAGGUCCUGGCCAGCCAGGAGGAGGCAGACGCGGCGGACGCGGCGAUGCACGAUGCGCUGGAGUCGGCCCUGGCUGCGGAUCUGGUGGGUCCUGGCGGUGAUUGUGAUCGCCCUCCCUCGGGCCUCAGCCGCGAGAAGAUCCGCGGCGUCAUCGCCGCAGCCCGCACCAAGGCAGCCGACCGCCGCAGUGGUGGCAGCGGAGGGGUCAUCAAGAAGAAGCGCGAGGACACGUUCGAGAUCAUGACGGCCAACGGGUCAGGCCGGGGUGCGAUCACCCAGCUCUGGCAGGAGGAGGUGGCGGGCGCGGGGUUCGUCGAGAGCCGCCGCGCGGAUGCGUGGCUCAUCCAGGAGGCGCACCUCCACGCGGGCGACAUCAACACCCAGGAGGCGUGGUGCAGGCGCGCAGAGGUGAAGGCCGCCCUGGCGCCUGGUGCUGCCAGCAGCGGCGGCGCAGGAGGCGCCCGCGCGGCCUCGGGCGGCGUUGGGGUCGCCGUCCCCGCCGCGCGCGGCCUGGUUAACGCCGGCGCGGCGGGCGGCGGCCGCGUGACAUGCAGCGACGGGCGCGGCAUCGUCGCGGUGACGGACGCGGUCCGCCGCGGCGGCAUCGCCCCCGGCAGCAUCUACCUCGCCAACGACGCGGUGGGAGAGGCAUCCCAGCGGCCCCUCGUCGAGAUCGGCGACGCGCUGGUCUCCUUGGGCAGGCCCUGGGUCAUCGGCGGCGGAUUCAACGCCGCGCCCGACGUUUUUAAAGCGAAGGCGGGCUGGUGGCUGGAGGCGGUGCAGGGCGUCAUCGUGCAGUCGACCGAGGGCGAGACCUGCUUCCAGGCGGCGACGCCCACCAACCUCGACUACUUCAUCGUGCACCGCUGCCUGGCGGAGUCCGUGAGGAGCUGCAGCACGGUCACCCCUGGGCCCUUCAGGCCCCACUGCGCGGUCAAGCUCGUGCUGAACGCGCGCAUGGAGAUCGCGCCCCUGCGGGUCCUGAAGCAGCCGAGGGCAUGCCCGAGGGAGCUACCCAUCGGCCCACGGCGUGAGGCCGCCCCCCCGUCGGCCGACCUGCAGGCGCACUGCGGGCGCGGCCUGGAGCCCGAGGAGCGUUGGGUGAACCCGACGUCCGACCACCCGCAGAUCUCGGGCGGCCCCAAGUCGAGCGGGCAGGCACGGCACCUCCUCGCCGUGGCCGACUACCUGGAUGACGCCGCGGUGCAGCGCCGCACACGGAGGCGUGUGCCCGCGCGGGCGGCCAAGAGCUGCGGCGCCCGCUGGGUUGCCGCGCUGGCGGCCGUGGCCGUCGCGACGGCCAACGCCCUAGCGGGGCUGGCCUCCGAAGCCCGUGCCAAGGCAGCCGCGAUGGCCGUCGAGCACAGCCGCCACCGCCACGGGUGCUUCAACAGAUGGGUGCUGGAUGCACUCGAGCAUGGCGCAGGCGGGCUCCACGCAUGGCGGCGCGGCCCACGCGGCUGGCUCGAGGACGAGCUGGACUUGCUGGGUGCCCCGAGGGCAGGCCAGCGCGAGGUGGGCGCAGUCGGCAGGUACUGGGCGCACGAGGUCUGGAGCUUGGACGACGGGUCGGACGGGUGGCAGGACUUCGAGAAGCAGACCGACUCGGAGGCACUGCCCAGGCCAACGGCGGUCGAGUGGCUGGACGCCGCCAAGUCGUUCGCGAAGCGCACGGGUACUGGCGUCGACCGCGUCUCGCCCCGCGCUUUCGCCCAGGUGUCCGAUGCCACGGCCGAGAUCUUCGUGGACAUCGGCAUGGCAGCCGAGGAGUGGGGCGGCUGGCCGCUGGCGGCGCGGGCAUCGCUCAUCGCGAUGCUGCCCAAGAUCUGGAACAAGCUCGGGCAGGCCGAGGCGCGGCGCUGGGAGGCUUCCCUCCGCGGCAGCGGCGCUGGCGCUUUCUGGGGCGGACCUGGGCGCUCGGCGCAAGUGUCCGCGUGGCGCCAGGCGCUGGCGGCCGAGGCAGCGGGGGGGCGGCAGCUCCACGGCGCCGCGCUGCUGAUCGACCUCGAGAAGGAGUACGGCGCCUGCAGCGACGGGGACCUGAAGUCCGACAUGCACAUGUUCUACGACGAUACCACCGUGGCCUGCCACGGGCGUGCCCCACGGCAGAUCGCGAGGCACCUGGUGGAGGCUGGGCUCGCGGUGGCCGCGGGCCUGACCCUGCUCGGCUGCAGAACUUCGGGGACCAAGACGGAGGCGGCGCUGAAGGCCAGCACUCUGAGCGCCAAGCUAGCGAAGGUCACGAAGAACCUGGGCGUGGACUUCUGCCUGGACGGCUCGGCCGCGGCGGGAGUGGCGAGGGGGCGGCACGCCGAGGCCCGCGAGCAGCUCGGGCGGGUCGGGGGCGCGCGGCGCCAGUCCAUCAGCGCGGCCGUGCGCCUGCUCGCGGGCGGCCUCCUCCCGACGACGGCCCACGGCUGCUGCGCCCAGGUGGGUUCCGCACUGGCCGCCGCGCCCUGGCGUGACCCCUGGUGCUCGCAGGCCGAGCAGGCGCCCAUGGCUUGGGGCCGAGGGCUCGCGCGUAACCGCCCCGACACGACCCUCGAUGUGCUGUGGGCGUGGCGGCGCGCCGUGCAGGUCCGCCUCGAGCAGGGGCCAGGCGCGCUGGCGGGGCGCGGCCCAGCGGCAGCGGCGCUGCUCGCGCUCGAGCGGCUGGGCUGGGAUUCCACGGCGAUGCACCGCUGGGCCGUGGACAACGGCACGGCGCUGAAGCUCGAGGAGAUCGGCGGCCGCGCGCUCCGCAGGUCCAGCGCCCGCAGCGCGGCGCUCGGCGGGCUCCGGCCAGUGGCCCGCCGAGCCGCCCUCGACCCGCCGCUGCGCCGCUCGGGCGCCUGCCCAGCGGGAUGCGGCGGCCGCGGCACGGUGCGGCACCUCGCCCGGCGGCGCCCCGCCCUCGCAGCGGAGAGGCGCGACGCCAUCGCGGGGGACGUGGUGCUACAGGCCUUCGCCGACGUGGCCGAGGCCUCCGACAGCGAGGGCCCCCGCUACUCGAGGGCGCUCAUCCCAGACCAGACGGCCGCCCUCCCGCCACUGCUGAAGACCGAGGAGGUGCGGUGGAGCAGCAGCCACGGCUACGCAGCCUUGGCGGGCGCCAACGUCCUGUACACCGACGGCUCGGCCAUGCAUGGCAAGGCGGGGUCGCCCGAGGACGCGAACGCGGGCGAGAUCAUGGCCGCCGCCCGCGCCCUGCGCUGGGGCCUACCAGGCGCGAACGGAGUCCUCGAGAUCAGGACGGACUGCAAGCUGCUCGUGACGGGCUUCGCCGCGGGCAAGGCAUGGUGCUGUGCAUGGGACCGCCCGUACAUGGAGGUGUGGCGCGAGUUCUGGCAGGCCGUGGACAGCUUCGGCGGCCAGCAGUGCGUGCGCGUCACCAAUGUGAAGGGGCACGCCACGCUCCGCUCUGUCCACGACGGCCACACCAGGAUGGACGACUACGAUGGCAACCGCGCCGCGGACAGCUUCGCCAAGACGGGCGCGGAGCUCCAUCCCAUGAGCGAGGCGGCGAUGGAGCGCAUCGAGCUGGCCGACGCGAUCGCGGUGGCAGCGGCCCGCUGGCUCGGCGAGGCGCUGCAGCUGGGAAGCACUGCCCUCACGGCGGCCGACGGCGCGGACGCGGGCGCGGCGGAGUCCACCUGCUGCGGGCGCAGCUGCGGGCGGCGGGGCGCUGCGCGCUGCAGCGACGGCGGGCCAGGCUGCAGUCGAUGGCCGUGCGGCGCGCACGGCACGGCGGUCUCGGACGCGAACGGCACACGCUGGCUCUGCGACGCCUGCGCGGGCCGCUGGGACGGCACGCCCGUCCCAGGCGGGCCAACGGCUGCCUCGGCGGGGAGCGCCGCGGGCGGGCCGCCUGGGCCCCAGUCGGCCGGGCGGGAGCGCCGAGCCCCUGACCAAGUCGCCGACCCGCGGCGCGGCCGCGCGCGGACCUCCACGAGCACGAGCCGCCGCGGCGCCGAGGGCGCGGGCGCGGCCGCCGCGGCGGCGGUGGCGGCAGCGGCGCUGGCGGCCCAGGGCCCCCGCCGCCUCGUCCACUGCGCGGUCUGCGGCUGCUACGCGGACGGCGCCCGCGUGGUCGCGCUCCGCAGCCCGUGCGCGGGCGGGGCCAGCGCCCGCCAGGCCGCCGCGCUGAGGAGGAUGCGGCUGGGACGGCACACCACGCGGGGCGGUGCGGGCGCAUUGCUGGAGGACGGCCGCACCGAGCCGCUGAGGCGCCAACGCAGCCGUUCUCGGGGGCGCGGCUCGGAGGCGGGAGGCCCGAGCCGCUGA